AUGUUCCAAUGGCGUUGUGCUACAGCCCAACAGGUUUAUGACAAGGCAGAGGAAAUUGCUAACCAUAUUGAAUCUACGCGUCUAUCCAACCCCUCUGUCCCCACUGUUUGCGCCACUUCUACUGCUGUCCCCACUUCCACUUCUAACCCCACUCCUGCUUGCACUUGUCUCAAUGUAGGGGACAAUGUCUAUAUGAUUGACCCAACCACUUGUUGCGCCAAGAAGGGCGCUAUCACUUCCAUUGUUCGUACAACCUCCAGCAACAUGCCAAAUGUCAGGUGGAAUGGGGAAUCAAAGGACACUAUGAUUCCUUUCCCAUCUCUAAAAAAGGAUGAGCGCCCUGCCGCAGCCGCCCCUGUGAAACCAAUUGUUGCUCCUGUCCCUGUGUUAGCCACAAACAAGGGUCCAGGCCCUAUGGAUCUGGAUGGAAGAGGCUUUACAAAUCUUACAUGCCAUGUAUGCGGCGGAAAAGGCCAUUUUGCGCGCAAUUGUCCCUCCAAGCCCAUGUCUGGACAUGUGGCUAACAUCAAAUGGUCUUGGGAAAGGCCCAAAGAAGAAAGUUGA